CACGAUCAGCAGGGGGAGCAACAGCCUCGUCGGGGUGAAUGUAAACGGUAGAGGCACGAGUUUGUAAAUUCCAGCAGAUUAAAAGCAUUCACAGAUAAUUCAUUGUCUCGCUUUACCAGUUGACUUUAUCUUCACGGGUCAGCCCGACAUAGGCUUACGGCGGCAAAGGUUAACAUAAUGAUUUUUGUCAAGGACAGAGUAUGUUUUGCAGUGUCAGUCUCAAAAAGCAGCCACACGAGAAACGUUUGGUAUUAGCAUACUUUAAUUAUGCUUCCAUUUAUCCAUCGUGGGAUAUGGAGAGCUGCCGUCCACACACUUAAGAUAAGAGGAAGUCCACAGUGCAGACUCCUGUCCGCCUGUGAUGGAGUCCCAGCUGGACUGGCUGACGCUGAGACCAUCUUUGCAUUGUCAUCGGGUCAUGGCAGGUGUGGGGUGGCUGUGGUACGAGUCAGUGGUCCAGCAUCAGCUACAGCACUGAGGCAUAUGGCUGGACUCACACGCAGCCUGCCUCCUCCACGCACUGCCCUGUUACGCAGCAUCACAGACCCCCAAGCCAAAGAAGUGUUGGACCGUGGACUUGUCCUCUGGUUCCCAGCUCCUCACAGUUUCACAGGAGAGGACAGUGUGGAGUUCCACAUCCAUGGUGGUCCUGCUGUCAUUACUGCCGUCUUACAGGCUCUAGGAAGUGUGCCUGGCAUGAGGCCUGCUGAGGCUGGAGAGUUCACGCGGAGGGCUUUUCAAGCAGGGAAACUGGGUUUAACAGAGGUGGAAGGACUCGGGGAUCUGAUCCACGCUGAGACAGAGGCCCAGAGGAGACAGGCUCUCAGGCAGAUGUCAGGAGAACUGGGACGCCUCUAUCAGGACUGGAGCCACAAACUGAAACGGUGUCUGGCUCAUGUCGAGGCAUUCAUCGACUUCAGCGAGGAUGAGCUCAUUGAGGAUGGGGUCUUAAACCAAGUAGACAGAUCCGUGUGCAAUUUACAAGCAGAGAUGGAGCAACACCUAAAGGAUGAGAGGAAGGGCGAGCGGCUUCGCAGCGGGGUUCAGGUGGUCAUCGCAGGAGCUACUAAUGCAGGGAAAAGUAGCCUACUUAACACACUCUGCCAGAGACCUGCUGCCAUUGUGUCCCCCAUUGCUGGGACCACCAGGGACGUAGUGGAGACGGCACUGGACAUCGGUGGCUUCCCUGUCCUCUUAAGUGACACAGCAGGCCUCAGAGACAGCCCAGACCUGGUGGAGAGAGAGGGGGUCCGCCGAGCUCGUGAAAGGGUGGAGCAGGCAGAUCUGACUCUGGUGGUUGUAGACUGUGCUCACCUCCCCAUUGAUGCUCAGCAGGCUGCAGCCGUCCUUCAGGGGAACUUGAGAAGUGUGCUGGCCACCCAGGAGCAGCCCGAGACAGCUUUACCUGCAGACAGGUGUCUCCUGGUGCUUAAUAAGACCGACCUGCUGCUUGAAGAUCAGAGGCAGAAGCUGGAAAGGGAGCUGAGACAGGUCUCUGGACUUCCUCCUGUCUGUCUGAUCUCCUGUCACACAAAUGAAGGACUGCAGGACUUCCUCAAAGUGCUGCACAGCAGUGUCAAAACUCUGUGUGGCGACCCUCUGUGUGGUGCCCCCACCCUGACCCAGGCCCGCCACAGGGCCCACCUGCAGCAGUGCGUGGCAGCCCUGGCUCAGUACCAGCAGUACCGCGACACCGACCUCGCUCUCGCAGCCGAGGGUGUCCGGUUGGCUCUCACCAGCCUGGGCCGGAUCACUGGACGGGUUGGGGCAGAGGAGAUCCUGGAUAUCAUCUUCAAAGACUUUUGCAUUGGAAAAUAAUCCGAUGAGUAGGAGUGUAAACAUGAAAUACAUGUGAUAAUAGCCUGCUCAGAGAGGAAAGCUGUGCUCUUCUGCCGUCCCAGAGUAUCAGUAAAGAAAACGGGACAAUAGGGCACAGCCUUGGCAUUGUGCUAAAAGGCUUCUAGGCACAGCCAGAGCAAAAAGAAUAAAAUUCAUGUUCUUGGCUGCAGAAUGCCUUUGCUCCCAAGACACAAACGUGUUUGUUUUCUGCUGAUCCUUUUUAACAGGCUGCAAAGAUUUUAGCGUGAUGACAGGUUCCUCAGAGGCCUCAUAUGCUGUACAAGUGUUUGGCAAGUCUUGAGUCGUAAUUUAAAAAUAGAUUUUGAAAACCUUUGAUAGAUGAAUGUUGGGCCCUUGGGUCGCAACAUAAGAUCAUUUAAAAUAAAACCAGCUGGAGCAUCUGCAAGGUCAUAGUUUGGAUGUUUACUUGUACUGCAGGACAAUGAAGAAUUUGUUUUUGGGAGCGGGUAUCAUUUCAGCUGUGGCCCAUUUUGUGUGUGUGUGUGUGUGUGUUUGUUUGUUUGUUUCCACAUGUGGUCUGUUCACGCAGUGACACCUGAAACUUGUUGCGAUAACUUAAAAUCUUUGCAUAGUUUUGAUGAGAAAUGAGUUUAAAUUUGAUUUUUGUUGUAUUGUUGUUGUAUGUUAUAUUUUUACUAUUUAAAAUUUGGACAGUUGUUCCACACUAAUUUGAUGUGGGAUGUUAAAUUAAUGGGAUAAUGUGUGUUUUUGCAACAAAAUAAAAUUUAUCUCAUGGA